AUGGAUUUGGUCUCGAGUGUACGCAAAGAGGGCAGCCGAGGCGGCCGAAAUGAGUUCAAAUGGUCCGACGUCAAGGACUCGGCCCACAGGGAGAACUACCUGGGUCACUCGGUGAUGGCCCCCGUCGGCAGAUGGCAGCAAAAUCGAGACCUCAAUUGGUACGCGAAGGGGGACGAAGACGAGGAAGAACGACUGCGCAAGGAGCGGGAAGAGCUACAGCGCGUCAAAGAAGCCGAGGAAGAAGCUAUGGCUGUUGCCCUCGGUCUCCCCAUACCACCCAAAGCAUCUGAAAACGCCAAUAUGGUCCCACUCGGCGAUGGCGGAAUCAACCAAGCGCCGAAAGAAGAAGAAAUUCCCGAUGCCGGGAAAGAAAAAGACCACCGUUCGAGUCGCAGACACCGUCAUCGCAGCCGAAGCCCUCGUCGAGAACACAGACGCGACCGCAGCCAUGAUCGCCGCGACAAGGAUCGCAGACACCACAGACACCAUGAUGAUCGUGAACGCCGGCAUCGCCACAGAUCCCGCUCCCGAUCGCGCGGCCGAGACCACCACAGACGACGUUCCGACUCGCGCUCUCGUAGUCGACCGAGUCGCAAAGACGAGGAGCAUCAGAGACGUCGGCGCAUUGAGCGCAGCUACUCGCCCGCGCUGAGCCGGCGACACCCCGAACGCAGGAGAGAUCGUGAUGAUCGCGAUCGGCGGCAUUAG